AUGCUCGUUUCUCUCCUGCCCGCGCUUGCUCUGCUCGCCUCUCCCGCUCUCGGUGCCCCGACCCCUCGAGGCAGCUCCAACAGCUCGGGCCCCGUCGGACCGCAGUCCUCGUGCGGCACCGAGAUCUACGGCGCGUACUGGCGGACGUGGAACGAUGCCGCGACUGGCUUCCAGGGCAAGGAGGCGCGAAUGGACUCGCUGCCCAAGGGCACCGACGUUGCGCUCGUCUUCGAGGCCGAGGGGGCGGAGGACACUCCCUACUACUCUGUCCUGAGGGACGAGUACGUCCCCAAGCUGCACGCGCAGGGCACACUCCUCGCGCGUUCGAUCGGCACCGAGGGUCUGCGUGCGAUCCAGGCUCCGGCGGACGGCAACUAUGACAAGAUUGCGCAAGACCUGAUCGCCAAGUUUGUGACGCCGUGGGGCCUCGAUGGGCUCGACUUUGACAUUGAGGAGCGCAUCGACGGCGAGGAGGCUGAGCACUUUUCCAAGAUCUUCCACGCGCUCUCCAAGUAUCUCGGGCCGAAGGGCAAGGAGGGCACGCUGCUCAUCUAUGACACGAACCAGGACGCGGACCGCUUCUUCCCCCUCAUUGCGGAUGUGGUUUCGUUCGUCUUCCUCCAGGCCUAUGGACGCGAUGUGGGCCGCCUCCAGUCUACCUGGGACACCUUCUCCCCAUACAUCGACAGCUGUCGCUUCGUCCCCGGCUUCUCCUUCUACGAGGAGCAGGGCACGAACGGGUGGCACGACACGGAGCGCCCGCUCAACACGUCUCGCGCGCUCGCUUAUGCCGAGUGGCAGCCCGAGGGAGGCAAGAAGGGCGGCGUGUUUGGCUACGCGGCCGACCGCGACUGGAAGGCGGACGGCGACGACACCAUUUCGGCGCCGACGUACGAGGUCGCCCACGCCAUCUUCCACGUCCAGAGCAAGGAGUAA